AUUUAUAAGCUUAUAAUGAUACUAAAAAAUAGUUGAGGAGCCAAAAUAAAAAUUUUACACGAAAAGAGUAUUUAUUUCGGCCAACUCGGCUUUUCAUCGUAUACCGAACAGCGCCCUCUUCCAGACUCGUCUCUCUUCGCCCUACCGUAUCCCUGUCAGCUCAUUUCUGCUCACGUCUCUCCUCCUCUUCCUCCGAUCUCUGACCCAAGCCCUCUCUUCCACUCAAGUUUCCGACGAACCCAACCAAAGACCCGGAUAUUAAAUAAAGACUAUGUUGUCUUCGGAUGGCUCAGACAACCAUCCACAGUCCGGCACUGAGAAUUGUUUGAACGCAGUUGCUGGUGUAGGCUGGUAUAUACUUGGUGAAGAUCAACAAAAUGUUGGCCCUUAUGCAAUUUCUGAGUUACGUGAGCAUUUCUUAAACGGAUACCUCACUGAAAGUACACUUGCAUGGUCUGAAGGGAGAAGUCAGUGGCAACCAUUGUCCUCAAUUCCCGAGUUUGUUUCUGUAAUUUCUCAUCAGGCCAACAAUUUUUCUGCUACAGUGUCCUCAGGCGAUGAUGAUGCUUUCUUGAACAGUAUGAAGGAGGGCGAUAAUUCAAAUGCAGUGCCUUCCAAUGAUGGUGAUGGUAGUGAUGAAUUUGAGAAAUGGCAGAGAGAGAUUAGAGAGGCUGAGGCUGAGACAGAAUGUUUGAAAACUGGAUCUGUUUCUAGAAGUACUGGUGAUGCCUUUGGUUUUGAUGAUCAGGAUAGGCCUCUGACACCGCCAGAAGGUGAAGAAGAAUUCACUGAUGAUGAUGGAACCAGGUACAAGUGGGAUAGAAAUCUGCGAGCAUGGGUUCCUCAGGAUGACAUGUCAACAAAAAAUGGGAACUAUGGAGUAGAAGAGAUGACAUUCUUGGAAGAAGAUGAAGUUUUUCCAACUAUAAGUGCUACUGAUGCUUCUGCUGCUGUUGCUGAUGCUUCUGUUAGAGAAAAUGUUAAUGGAAGUGGUGAGCAAACAGAAGUAAACUGUAAUGCCAAGAGAAAACUGUUGGAAAAACCAGUUGAUAAGAAGGAAGCUAAUAAACCUCCGGAUUCUUGGUUUCAACUGAAAGUAAAUACACAUGUCUAUGUGACUGGACUACCUGAUGAUGUAACUGCAGAAGAAUUGGUUGAGGUUUUUUCCAAGUGUGGAAUAAUCAAAGAGGACCCUGAAACAAAAAGACCUCGUGUGAAGAUCUAUGUUGACAAGGAGACAGGAAGAAAAAAGGGGGAUGCGCUUGUUACAUAUCUAAAGGAGCCCUCUGUUGCUUUAGCUGUUCAAAUUUUGGAUGGAACACCUUUACGUCCUGAUGGAAAAAUCCCUAUGUCUGUAAGCCAAGCUAAAUUUGAGCAGAAAGGGGAUAAAUUUAUAGCCAAGCAAGUGGACAGCAGGAAGAAAAAGAAACUGAAGAAAGUUGAGGAGAGGAUGCUCAGCUGGGGUGGCCGUGAUGAUGCAAAGGUGACAAUUCCAGCCACUGUUGUCCUUCGUAACAUGUUCACGCCUGCUGAAAUGAGGGCGGAUGAAAAUUUGUGUUCAGAGCUGGAGGAGGAUGUUAAAGAGGAAUGCUUAAAGCUUGGUCUUCUGGACUCAGUCAAGGUUUGUUCGAACAAUCCCCAAGGUGUUGUUUUGGUCAAAUAUAAGGACAGGAAGGACGCUCAGAAGUGCAUAGAGUUGAUGAAUGGACGAUGGUUCGGCGGGAGACAGAUCCAUGCAAGUGAAGAUGAUGGAGUGGUUAAUCAUGCUUUGGUUCGGGAUCUGGAUGAGGAUGCUGCUCGACUGGAACAAUUUGGUGCAGAACUUGAAGCCGAGUGAGUUGAGUCAUCGUACUGAACUUGAGGAUGCUUGAGACUUGAUCAGACUUUUUUUGUUUUGUGCAUCUAGUAGCUCUGCCUUUGUAUCAAAAGAAAAUUUAGAGUAUUUAGAUUCAGAUUCCAUAUCCAUCGUUGAGUUCCUUUGGCCACUUUUUCAGUGUUCCAGACGAAGCCCAGGGUGAUGAACAGGAGGAUGAUUCACCUACGUCAUUUUCACUCGCCCUUUUAAUACAUGAACUCUAACACGGUAGUUAUUACAUUCCUACGUAUGGUAAAUUCCAUUGAUAAUAUGUACCCAAAAAAAGAGCUUUGAGAGAUGUUUAGUUUAUUAGAGAAGAAAAACGUUUAGCAAGAAGAAAA